AUGUCACACCUGGACGUCGAACCUUCUAUUCCCGUUGGCUCUACUGUUGUAGUGUCGGGGGCAAACGGAAACAUAGCGAGCCACAUCGUGGACCAACUGAUCAAAGCGGGCUACAUCGUUCGUGGCACCGUUCGUGACGUGAAAAAGAACAGCUGGCUAAUUGAUCACUUCUCCAAUAUCUAUGGCCCCGGAAAAAUUGAGCUGGUUGAAGUACCAGAUAUGUCAGCCAGCGGUGGUUUUGACGAAGCUGUCAAGGAUCCCAAUGCUGCGAUACCGGUUGUUAUUCAAGGGACUGUAGGCGCUCUCCAGUCUGCUGCUAAAGAACCUAAAAUGAAGCGCUUCAUUCUCACUUCCUCAUCCGGAGCCUGCACGGCUCCAAAGCCAGGAAAAGUAUUUACAAUCGACUCUAAUACUUGGAACGAAGAGGCCAUAUCUGCAGCGUGGGCGCCACCACCAUAUGAAGGGUUUGAACGCCUCCUAGACGUCUACUAUGCCAGUAAGACUCAAGGAGAAAAAGAGGCAUGGAAAUGGGUUCGCGAAAACAACCCAAAAUUUGUUCUCAACACUGUCUUACCGAACGCCAACUUCGGUCCUGUUGUCGACAAACACCACCAGAAAUAUCACAGUACCUUGGGCUGGAUCCGUGCCCUCUGGAAUGGAUUUGAUGGUGAAGAAGGCGUGCGAAGCCAGCCACCACAGUACUACAUCAAUAUUGUGGACGACGCCAUUGUUCAUGUUGCAGCGCUGUUGUACAAGGACGUGAACAACGAGCGGCUCUUUACCUUCGCAUAUCCAUAUAACUGGAAUGACAUUUUGGCCGCCUUUAGGAAGCUCUAUCCAAGCAAGAAAUUUAUAGACGACAUUCCGAAUCUGCAGCGCGAUCUAAGCGUCGUGACCAAUGGGCGGGCAGAAGACCUGCUUAAGCGGUUUGCUGGACAUGGUUGGACCAAUCUUGAAGAAACUAUUAAAAGUACUGUAGCAGACUAUUAA